AUGGUUGCCAAACUUGAGGAAUGGGAGGGCGACGAAAUGCCCACGGCACCCGUCUCGUUCUUCCAUCCAUCUUUGAAGGAGACGCGACGACGGGUAUUCUACCAAUGGGCGCGCAUCCUCUCCAUCCUCUGUAUCUUUGUCUUUGUCGUUCUGUCUCUAUUCUGGGGAUCCCAAUACAGCACCGAAGACAAGUACACAGCAUUGAAUGUCUUUGUCGUUGACUUUGACGGUCAAGUCGAUCCCUACCGCAGCAAUGACACCAUCAUCGGUCCUACAGUGACAAACGUCGCCAAGAAGAUCCUCGCAUCUGACAACCUCCACCUCGGCUAUGAGAUCAAAUCCCCGGCAGACUUCAGCAAUGACCCUUGGGCAGUCCGACAAGCGAUCUACGACGAACACGCCUUCGCUGCCGUUAUCAUCAAACCAAAUGCAACAGCUCUCCUCCGUGCCGCCGUAUCGAGCGGCAACAACAGCUACGACCCCUUCGGCGCAAUCGAGGCAGUCAUCAUCUCUGCCCGCGACCAGAACACCUACUACUCCUACAUCAACACCGACUUGGCAAUUCUCCAGAAUAUGGUUCUGGCGGAGUUUGGCCCACGGUGGGCCCGGCACCUAAUCUCCCAAUCGUCCACCAAUCUAUCAACCGUCCCCGCACAAGCGAUCAACCCAGGAAUCGGCUUCACAAACGUCGACUUGCGCCCCUUCGCGCCGGCCGUUGCCGCACCAGCUGUGACAAUCGGCCUGAUCUACCUGAUCAUUAUUGCAUUCUUCAACUUUCCAUUCCUGAUGGCAAUCCAUGCGCAGUUUAUGAAGCCGGAUGGUCACCCGCCGUUGAAGGCUGCGCACUGGAUUGUCUGGCGUAUACUCUCAGCGAUCGUGGCGUAUUUCUUCCUCUCGCUGUUUUACUCGCUUGUUUCUCUUGCUUUCCACAUUCCUUUCAGUAACCAGGCAGCUCCGGAUACGCUACCUGCCAAUAAUGCGAAUGCAUAUGGUCGUGGCUCGUUCGUUGUCUUUUGGAUGUUGAAUUGGGUUGGGAUGGCGGCUUUGGGAUUGCCAUGUGAGAAUAUGGCUAUGGUUCUGGGCUUCCCGUGGAGUUCGUUCUUCCUUAUCUUUUGGGUUAUCACCAAUGUUGCUACUGGGUUCUAUCCUAUUCAGUUGGCGAAUGACUUCUAUCGCUGGGGUUUGGCUUGGCCUUUGCAUCACAUUGUUGAGGCGUUGCGUACAAUCUUGUUUGGUACUCAUUCGCGUAUCGGAUUGAACUUUGGUGUUCUUUUCGCUUGGGUGGCUGCUUCUUUAGCCUUUUAUCCCGUUGCGACUUGGAUCACGGGGUGGAAGAUGAGGCGUGGGCUUUGA